CCAAUCACAUCCGUUGCGAGCGAGCGCACGUCCAUUUUGCCAGUGCGGUGUUUUGGGGUUGCUUGACGAGCCCAAAGCUUCGGACGAUUUCCCCGUGUUUAUUGCAAAUGUAAAAAGUGAACCGUGUCAAAAGCGAAUCGCAAUCAUGGCUCGAUAUGGGCAACGACCGGAGAACGCGCUGAAACGCGCCAACGAGUUUAUCGAUGUGGGAAAGCCAGCCAGGGCCCUGGACACCCUGCAGGAGGUGUUCCGCAACAAGAAAUGGUCCUACAAUCUGUCCGAGUCCAUCUUGGAACCCAUCAUGUUCAAAUACCUGGAUCUGUGUGUGGAACUCAAGAAGUCGCACAUCGCCAAGGAGGGUCUCUUCCAGUACAGGAAUCUGUUCCAGUCGGUGAAUGUGGGCUCUCUGGAGAAUGUUAUCAGGGGAUACCUGCGGAUGGCAGAAGAGAAGACGGAGAAUGCCAGGGAAAAAUCAGCGCAGGCUGUCAUCGACAUUGAUGAUCUGGAUAAUCUGGCGACACCUGAAAGUAUUCUCUUGAGCGCCGUGUCUGGAGAGGACGCUCAGGACAGAUCGGACCGCACGAUCCUGACGCCGUGGGUGAAAUUCCUGUGGGAGUCGUACUGUCAGUGCCUGGAGCUGCUGCGUACCAAUGCCCAUGUGGAGACGCUGUACCACGACAUCGCCCGCAUGGCCUUUCAAUUCUGUCUGAAAUACAAUCGCAAGACCGAAUUCCGUAAGCUCUGCGACAAGCUGCGGAAGCAUCUGGAGGAUAUCUGCAAGUUGCCCACGCAGGUCGCGAACGUGUCGAUCUCGAAGCCGGAAACGCAGCAAUUCAAUCUGGAGACGCGUCUCUUUCAAUUGGACUCGGCGAUCCAGAUGGAACUGUGGCAGGAGGCGUACAAGGCAAUCGAGGACAUCCACAAUCUGAUGAACAUGUCGAAGAAGAUGCCCGUGCCGAAAACGAUGGCCAACUAUUACCAGAAGCUGGCGAUGGUCUUCUGGAAGGCCGGCAACUACUUGUUCCAUGCGGCCGCCCUCCUCAAGCUGUACCAGCUCUCGAAGGAUAUGAAGAAGAACAUGACGCCCGAGGAGCUGCAGAAGAUGGCUUGUCGGGUGCUGAUCGCGACGCUCGCUAUACCGCUGCCGUCCGCCCAUCCGGAAUUCGACAGAUUCAUAGAAACGGACAAAUCGCCGAUGGAGAAGGCACAGAAGCUGGCCGUGCUGCUGAGCUUGCCGCAGCCACCGACCAGGGCCAGCCUGCUUAAGGACGUGACCCGCUAUAACGUUAUCCAUCUGGCCACGCCGCAACUGCAGGACCUCUACAACUGGCUGGAGGUGGAUUUUCAUCCGCUGCUUCUGUGCGGUCGCGUGCACUCGGUGAUCGAAUCGCUGCAGGUGGAGGAUCAGUCCGGCCUGCAGCUUUACGUGCCGGCGCUGCAGGACGUGACGCUGGUCCGUUUGGUGCGUCAGGUGGCUCAGGUCUACCAGACCAUCGAGUUCAAGCGUCUCAUCUCGCUGGCCAAGUUCACGACCGCCUUCCACAUGGAGCGGCUGCUCGUCGACUGCGUCCGCCACAACGACAUGCAGAUCCGCAUCGAUCACGGCAAGGACUGCGUGCACUUUGGAAUGGAUCUGAGCGAGAGUCAGCGCGAGGACAAACCCGAAGGUCCGACGCUGCAGUCGAUGCCCAGCGAGCAGAUCCGCAAUCAGCUGGUCAACAUGGCGACGGUGCUCCACCAGUCGAUCGCCGUCAUCAAUCCGCACAAGAAGAGGCAGGAGCGCGAGAAGGUGAGGGCCGCGAUGGUCGCCAGCUAUCACGACAACAAGGUGCGCGAGCACGAGAUGAUACUGCAACGGCACAAGAUUAUCGAGGAUCGAAAGGAGUACAUCGAGAAGUUGAACACCGUCCGCGAGGAGGAGGAGCAGCGACGUCUCGAGGAGAUCGCCAAGCAGCAGGCGCUCGCCGAACAGAAGCGUCUCGAGCAGGAACGCGAGGAGCGCGAACGUAAGCGCGCUCAGAACGAGAUCCAGCAGAUCAAGGACAGACACUGGAAGGAGAAGAUGGCGCAGAUCUCGCAGACCGCUCACGGCCAGAAGAUCCUGAAGAAACUCGACGAGGACGACAUCAAGAAGAUGGACGCCGACCAGAUCGCGGCGCGCGAAGUCGAGGAACUGCAGAAGGAGAAGCGCGAGCUGCAGGCGAAACUCAAGUCGCAGGAGAAGAAGGUCGACUACUUCGAGAGGGCGAAACGCAUCGAGGAGAUACCGCUGCUGCAGGUCAGCAUGAAGGAGCGUCAGCUGCAGGAUCAGGCUUUCUGGGAACAGCAGGAGAGCGAGAGGAUCGCGACGGCUAUCGAGGAACGCAAGUUGGCGGUGGCCACUCAGGAGCGUAUGAUCCGUAUGAAGCCGGACAAGGAUACGUUCCUCGAGAAACUGCUGAAGGAAAGGAACGUCCUGUACGAGGACAAGGUGCGCGAGUUCGAGCAGAUGUUGGCCGAGGAGAGACGCAAGCGCCUGGACGAUCGCAAAACGAAGAGGAAAGAGGAGCGCCGUCGCAAGUACCUGCGCGAGAAGGAGGAGGAAGAGGAGAGACUGCAGGAGGAGAUGAGACGCAUCCAGGAGGAGGAGUACCAGCAGGCGAUGGCGCUCAGCAUGAAGAAGCAGGAGGAGGAGGAGAGGCGCGAACGCGAGGAGAAGGAGCAAAGGUACAAGGAGCAGCAGGAGAUGCUGGACAGGGCUGCGGCGAAGCAGCGCGCUCGCGAGGAAGAGAUCGAGAGGAAGCUGCAGGAGGAGCGUGAGACCGGCGGCAGGGACAAAAUGAUGAGAGACAGGGAUAGUAAAGCGGAGGGAGGCGCAAGUACCUGGCGUAGCGGCGCGCCCAAGCGAGGCGGUGGUGAGGUUGGUGAUCGCGAUGCGAGCAGUGGCGGUGGAGGAGGAGGAGGAGCCGGAGCCUGGAGGAAAUUCGGCGAUAAACCGACGGCUGCGGUGGGGGGCGGUGGCCAGGAGGAAGGUGGAGCACCCAAAAAGGAUGACGCCUGGAAACCGAGUCGCCUUCGUGGAAACAUCGGUGGAGAUUCACGAGGAGGAGAGCAACCCACGAAGGAGGAUAGCUGGCGUCGCGGCGGUGAUCGUAGCGAAGGUGGA